AGUAGUGUAUUUCAAUGCAAAAUGGCGCCCAGCGUAGAUAUGCCCGUUGAUAUAAAUGUCUUUUCUAUACCUCACAACAGAAUGAAAGAACUUGUUGAUGAGUAUAAUAUGAUGAUGAGAGAAACAAACUUUCACAAUUCCGGUCAUUUAAAAAAGGCUUUAGCACUUCUUCAGUCAACAUUUACAGAGUUUAAAGCACAUGAACAAAUUGAAAACAAAUUCAUUAUAAAACGCCUGAAGCUUAAGCUUCGCCAAUUAUCAAUAGAAAAUGAUGCUGUUUGUAACUGUCAUAAAGAUAGCAAAUUACUCUACAUUCUUGACCUUUUAAGAAUGGGUCAUAGAAAAUUGAGAAGUUUUUCCGAGAGGAGAACCUAUGUCAAAGAGCUUCGGGAAGCAUUAAAUGAAUUCACCGACGACUUUCUCCCACAUAUGAAAGAAGAAGAGGAAGUAUUUCAACCAUUGCUACAGCAAUAUUUUUCGUAUGACGAACUGAGAGCUCUAAAAAGAAGAGUUCUUCAAGAACACUUCAUUUCGGAAAGGAUACACUCUCAAUUAGAUGAAGAGAGUGAAUCAAAUUCUGAGGCUGCAUGCAGUCCAAUUCUUCAACUUCCUGAUGAAAUUCUAAUCAGUAUCUUUCUCUAUCUGGACAAACCUGAUUUAAUAAAAGUUGGUAAAACUUGUAAAAAGCUUCAUUCCUUAACUUUUGACGGUACAUUUUGGAAGCAUAUAAAUCCCAUAAAGUGGGCUAAAGGUGAUUGGUCACCCGGAAUUUUACCAGGAGAAGAUGAGGACAAUAUGGAAAUGAAUGAAUCUGAACUUGAAAGAGAAAGUAAAAUCCUUUCUGGUUUCGUUAAAUAUGCCCUUCCUAAAGUUGGAAAGCAUCUCAUUUCUUUAGAUUUGAGUCGUUCGAAGUCUAUAAGAAAUACCAUGUUAUCCAAAUUUUUUUAUUAUGCCCCAAAUAUUCAACAUUUGAAUUUAUCCUAUACGGAAAUAAGUGAUGCUGCUUUCAAAAGGAUUGGCUUGAAACGGAGUGGGCAAAAUUUAAAAUAUCUCAAUCUAACCUCUUGCUCUAAGUUGACAGAUACCGCUAUUCUAAGGGUAUCAUCAGCUAUACAUUAUGGCUUACCAGCUCCUGCCCCUGUGACGGGUAAGGUCUGUUCCUUUGUAAGAUUUUUCGACAUGGAUGAUAAACUACCGAAAUGUCUGUGUCAUGUAUCUGAAAACACUGCAGAGAGACGAAUCAGACGAUUGUCUGGUGAUGAAAUGUCUUUUUCCAAUAGCAGACGUCGUCAAUUUGGAGGUGAAACUGAAAGCCAUGACGUAGAUAAAGAAAAGCGAACAUUUUCUUUGGAAAAUCUCGCCCAUGACGUAAACAGCACCUGCCCUUGCCCACAUUCGGACAGAGCAUCAGUACUGGAGUACAUUAGUCUGUCAGGCUGUUUUCAGCUAACUGAUUUGUCAUUGCGUUGUCUGGGAGCAGGAAACGGUCUGCAGAGUUUAGAAAAUAUUGAUUUUAGUGGUUUAUUUAGGCUUAGCGGCUCUGCCCUACAAGAAUUUAUUAAAAAAUGCCCAAAGUUAACUCCUGAGAAGUUUUCAUUUUGUGAUAAUAUUUGUUGCGGCUCGUUUGGAAAUAUGGCAAAUGGAUGUGCAAAUUUGGAUUAUGGCGAUAAAUUUUGUUGUAGAAGUGGAUUUUCGCAAUUUUAA